UUGUGUGUAGCGCCCGCCAUCUUGCUGCCUUUCGACAACUGACAUGUCUUUCUAAUGUUAUUAUCAAUCAACUAAAAUCGUCAAUCGUGCUCCCCCUCAUUAAAAUCACGAAAAAUCCCCCAGUUAACAAUAUCCAAGUUAUCCAGUGCACGUAGUGGCCUUCCACCCUCGAGCUCGAAAAAAAACCCCCCGAAAUACUCGAAAAGAAGCCAAUGGUGCUCCAAGUGCUCUAAUCCGAAUGUGACCAAUAAUCGAGCCCCACACGUGGAUAAUUCUCAUCGUCAUCAUGUUAAAUGGCUAUUCAUUGAGGUUGGACCUUUGUCGAACAUAACCAAUAAAUCGUAAAAGCUCGCCAACGUUAUUUUCAUUCCUCUGUCAAUGCCAAUGACGUUUGACGUUCCAAUGGAGCCAAAUCGCCAUCAGUACCAUUGACAAACAUUUAGAGACAAUCAGACCUAAUCAAGGGAGGAUAAUGAACGGCUGCAUGAGGUGGAACAGUCUGGAGCCAAUGGAGUCGAUGAAAAUUCCAGUGAAUCCAACCAUGGACAAUAAACUCAAGUUUUCGGAUCGUUUGAAAGCCCUUUUGAAAACUGAAUCACGACAGGAUGUUGAUCCCUACGUAUUCAGUGAGCCAGAGCCAAUGCUAUCAACAAAAGGUGAUGCUAAACGCAAUCAUCAGGUGAUAAAAUCAACAGGACGUGGUAAAUCGGUGAAAAGAAAAACGAAGGAUAUUAUUGGUGUUACUGAUCCCCAGGGGGAGCAGUCACCUGAUAACAGCGAUUUUAACAGAUCCCUUGAGCUUCGUUGCUUCACGAAUUCCCUUCCCAAAAGGGAUGAUUCACAGAGAAGACAGGGACGUGAUCAUACACUCCUGUACUACCCACGUGCUGGCGAUGAGAUAUCAGACAGUGAUUCCAGUGGUGAUGAGUUGAGUAUUUACCAGAGACAUUGGUUCACUGGAGACAUUACCGGUCCAAGGGCUGCACGAUUGUCCCAGGUGAGAUCACAGCUCAGAAGACGUCUUCUCCAGCUUCAUAAGGGUGGACAAGAGUCUGAGAGACUUCUGAGGGACAAAACUCAGCAACUUCUGGAGACAGCUGCGAGGAGUCAGUUGACAAAGCGUUUGAGAUCAACUGUUAUCAGCAGAUCUUCAGCAAUUCCACUACUUGCUGGUGGCCCCUGUGGUGUCGAUGGCUGUGGUCAAACUUCAUUACCAUCAACUCGUCAUUGUUCGCAACACAUUAUGCUUAACAGUGAUCAAUUGUUAUUCGAGCACUGCACUGCCAAAUUCAGUGACAAUACCCAGUGUUGUGUACCUGUUUUUGAUGUCACUCAUGAAUUACCAUUGUGCCCGGAGCAUGCACGUAAACGUGACAAUUAUAAUCGUAAAGCUCAGGAAACAAAACCAAAGAAAACGAGAAAAAAAUCAACAUCGCCAAGCAUUCCAAGAACGAAGAGCUGUAAGUCGAGACCUAAAAAGAGGAAACGACCGCCCAGCAAACCCAUCGAGGAGAAAAUUGUUGAUUGCUUUGAGGAACAUUAUGGCGGAGAGAUUAUUCAGGAGUCUAUGGGGAAUAAAACGUUGAAUAAUAUCAAUGUUGUGGCGCAAGGAAGUUCUAAUAAUGCGAAUCUCAAUGCACUUGGACUCGGUUUGGGAACCCUUGGACUUGGGGGCGGACUCAAAGUCGAGCUUGGGGAUCACGAAGUCUUCGCUGCUUUGGAUCCUACGGAACAUGACUUUGGAAAUGUUCUCAGUAAUUUGCCUGCUGAUGCGUUCAAUGAUUUAUUUAUUGAAAGUCGAAACGGCGAGUACGAGCCCUCGAGGGAAGAGGAGGAAGAGCUUGAAAGGGCGCUGGAAGCCGUAGACAAGGACGUGAGAAACCUCGAGCGAAUGGGCCAGACCCACGGACUGCUAGAACCCGCCCUACUCGCCCAACUAAUGUCCGACAUUGCCUCGUAGCCAACAACCUAAUCCCCAUGAUCAAUCGAGAUAAAUUAGUCGAGGUUCUACUCACGUGUGUUUGAUUUUGGUAAUAACGAGUGGAAAAAAAAAACGAAAAGUCUGUGUAUGUGAGAUGGCUUUUACGUAAAAACACUGUAUCACUACUAUUGUUGUAUAGUCUGGCUCAAUGUUAACGGAACGAUUAACAAUUAGCUAACGUGAAACACGAGAAAAUAAUGUGAAAAAUAUUUUUUUUUCAUGCACUGUAUAUUGUUGAAUUUCAUACCAAGAGGAAAUAUUCAUUUUUUGUAAAGUGGAAUAUUAAGUCUAGGGCUUUAUUUUGCUGAAAAAAAAUUCGAUUCCCAUAAAAUGGCACCUCAGCGUUUCUAUGAAUGUCUGCAAUUGUUACUUGCAAUUAUCUAUAAUUUUUUAUUUGUGAAAUUACUUCAUUGACUCAAUUCAACCCCUUGGGGAAUUUCACUGAAUAAUUUCAACAAUUCAGUUGUUCGGAUGGCAAUUCGUUGAAUUAAUUAAGCGAAAUGUUGAGCUUACAGAAUUUUUUGUCCAAAAAAUACAGCCCUGGUACCGAAAUAUUGAGGCCCUCACAGGUACCUUCAUCAGUAGACAUACGGCUAGAUGUUUAUUUGAAUUCAAUAUUUUUUUAUUCACUAAAAAUUCCCUCAAUAUCACGAGUAAUUCAGUAACAAAAAAAGUGCACUGUGAUUACGAUUAUUUUUUACCAUAGGGUAUGACUAAACAACACAAAUGUGAAUACAACUGGAGGAUGUUCCGUUUUAUGUAGCAUUUAGGUGUUUGGUCACAUUGAUCGAACGAUGAAAACAAAAUGUAGGAAAAACUCAGUGAAAUGAAUGAGAAGUUUUUCGAUUUUAGAGUCGAACAGACCAGAGUUUAGCGAUUAAACUUGUCAGAAGGAGUUUUGACGAUGUUUUUUUCACUCGUCAUCCCUAAUUAAUUGAUCUUAAUGUGAAUGAUUCAGAAGACUAACGAUUACAGACUUUUUUAAAGUAAUUUUCUUCAUUACAUUGAAGGAAGUCUCACGAGUGUAAAAAUUCUGUAGAAAGAGCUAGAGAAUUGUUUAAAAAAUCACUGCAGCUUAUCUCUGAAUUAUUUUCAUAUGAAUGUUCAACGGAAAGGAUUAUAAAAAUUCAUAGAAUGAAUGUGGCUAAAAAAAUGUACAAAAAAAUUUAACUUGUUCAAUUAAUUUGAUUCCAUUGCAAAUUAAUUUUUAUUUCAAUCUUCAAUUUUCUUUUUAAACGAAACUUUCCAAAUUUUUCCGUUGAAGUAAUUUUUGUUGAACAUUUUUCGUUCGUAAAAUACGGAGAAAAGCUGCGGAAUUUUAUGGGAUCGUCCAGGAACUAGUCGAAUGUCCAAUAGAACUGCGAUUGAAAUCCUAUAGAAUGUUCUAUUUAAUUUUGUAGAUUUUUCUCCCAAAUUUUUGCGCUCGUGUUGCCAUUCGAAAUUCGAAAAACGGAAAAUUCUUACUUUCUCUUCAUUUCAAACUCUGAUUGUUUGAAUGUCGCUUUGUACAUACUUGCAAAUGAAACAAACCAAUUUAAUAUGUGUAAAUUAUACGAAGAAUAUAAUGGAUAAAACAUACGAUCGCAUUUGACGUUCGUGUAGUGUUUUCAGAGAUUCGAGUGUUCAUUGUUGAAAUAAUUUCAUUGAUAUCGGAAAAAUUAUUCUCAUAACAUCAUCGGGUAAGGUUUAAUUAGAUGUCGAGAAAUAGAUUGAGGUAUUUAUUUCCAUGGAUAGUUUAAAUAAUUCACACGAGAUCAAUAAAAAUAAUAACGAAUUUACACUCGAGUCGCAACGUGAAUUGAAUCACGCGCGUAGGAGCCCUCAGGUUUUUUAAAUAUUUCACAUGCGUUUAUUGCAAUAGCCAAAUACUGACUGAAAAUUAUGGUGAGGAGAUAUCAUUUAUUGUUACGAACAAAAUCGGUUAAGAACAGUUUAAAAUGCUCCUCUCUAAUCGUAUAAUGCCCUAUUAUGUGUACGCCCUUGUAACAUAUUAUCAUGAUUUUUUUAUUAGUCAGUAUAAUAAUUAUAAUAAGCAUAUUUUUUA